GGCUGCGGUGGAACGCGAACAAAGCCAGUGGGUAAAUCAGAUGUGCUGCGUGUGUUGGGGAGCGUUAUUGGUCAUCGGACAGGGCCAAUGGGUGGAAGUGAUUGCGGAAGCGCUCAACACAAGUAACAGCAGCUGGGAUGCAUGGACAGAUCCCUGAGGGUGGGUGAGUCGGCAGCGGCGGUGGUGUCGCAGCUCAGCCGUGGUGUUGUGCUGCGGUGUAGGCAGGCACGGAGGCGUCAGGGCCAUGAGGUGAAGGAGCGCCUAUGGCUGAGGAAGGCGCAUCCAUGAGAUGCGGAAGCACAAACAAACCCCAGAUGUGUGACGUCUCGAGCACCCCAGACAAAGCCCGCCGUCUCCUUAUCUCUGUGCCCCAGCUUCGCGGCGCCCAUCACUCGCAGCGCAGCGCCCACCCACCUCUCCGCAGCGACGUAGCACCAUCUGACCUGCUGCCUCACUCUGCCCACGUAACGCCCACUUGGUGUCCUGGCCUCAUCACGAGAGUUUGGGGGCCCCGGUCUGCUGCUCACACUGGCUGUAGGCUCACUCCACAGCCUCAGGUAGCCCUCUGCAACCUCUCGCCGACACUCACCGCUGCAAAAUUUCGGCUGCAGAAUUCUCACGAUUGCAAAUUGCAUCGUGCGCUCAACCAACUGUCGCUGCUCCACCGGCGACUGCGCCAUCAAAACCAGCGUCGGCCCAAGGCAAGUUCCGCUGGGUACUGCGCCAUAGCAUCCCAUCCCCAUCUCACCCGCGCCCGCCCAAAAAGGCCUCGGACGCACUCAGCACUCGCUCCAGCAGCUCCCUGCACCCGCUGCACGCUCCUCUCCGCAAGUCAUCACGCAAGCGUUCAAGGGCCCGCAUUUCUUGAUACGUCUCCACGACUCAAGCGCCCCCCGAAGGAAGCCAAGCCGCACUGGCGCACCGCGUUUCUUUCUGCGCUUGCUCCGGCAUAUCCUCGCCCGCGUCAGCACAGACAGCCCUGACGGCCAUCAGUCGACCCCCACACGCCCGCCUCGUUGAUCCAUACAUAUAUCCGAGCCCCCCAUCAUCCCCCUUCCCCAAACUUUCACCCUCGGUCACAUGCAAUCCAACUCUGCCUCGACAGGUUUCGCCAACCUGCUGAACCCCGACACUUCCUCCCAACAACAGCACCAACUACCCACUACCACUCAACAACCCAACUCCAUGGCUACUGCUACCGUGAGCCUCAUGGCUCCUCUGCUGCAAAACGCCCCGCAACAGUCGGACGAGCCCCGUCAGGAUCUCCCCAGGCCCUACAAGUGCCCCCUCUGCGAU